UCUCUCUCUCUCUCCUCUUUUGACGUCGUUACCUAACGCUACAAUAUCUCCAUGGCGGAAACACCGAAGAAGCUCAGGCAAACCACACAAAGAGCACUCAACUCGUCUCCAAAAACUCCCAUUCCUCAAACACCACAAACCCUAGCAUCACCUCGGCGCUGCUCCCGCUUCAUUUCUUCACCACUUCAGCCAGGUCAAACCACAUCACCUGCGAACACUCCCAAAAGUUCAGUUAAUCGAAAAACCAAUGUGUUGAAGAAGAAACUAGACUCAAACGAUUCGAUCAAGGACGAUGAUGAAUUUUCACCUGUGUCUCCUGAUAGGACCGAGACGAAGAAGAGGAAAAGUAGAUUUGAGAAUGUAGCUGUUGAAAUAAAAGCUAAGGUUUUGAGAAAUGAUAAACAGAAGGGGAAGAAGAAAGAUUCCACAAAACCCAAACGGAGAGUGUAUUAUAAGAAGGUGUCUUAUGACGGGGGAUUGUUUUCAGUUGGAGACGAUGUGUAUGUGAAGAGGAGAGAGGAUGCGAGCUCAGACGAUGACGACCCAGAAAUUGAGGAGUGCAGGGUGUGUUUCAAGGCUGGCCGACUUUUAAUGAUCGAGUGUGAUGAUUGUUUGGGCGGGUUUCAUUUGAAAUGCUUAAAACCGCCAUUGAAAACAGUUCCUGAAGGGGAUUGGAUUUGUGCGUAUUGUGAGGCGAAGAAAUUGGGGAAGAAAGUAGAAUUGCCAGCGGCGCUGAAAGGGAGGAGAAGACGUAGAACUGCAAAAGAAAAGCUUCUUUCAAGCGAUUUGUGGGCAGUCCGUAUUGAAAGUUUAUGGAAAGAUGUCGAUGGUAGCUACUGGUUUCGGGGUCAAUGGUAUAUGAUUCCCGAGGAAACAUCUGCAGGCAGACAGCCACAUAAUCUGAAACGGGAGCUAUAUAGAACCAAUGACUUUGCUGAUAAUGAGAUGGAAACUAUCCUUCGCCAUUGUUAUGUCAUGUCUCCAAAUGAAUAUGCCAAAGCUGGAAAUGAAGGUGAUGAUGUGUUCUUAUGUGAAUACGAAUACGAUGUGAAGUGGCAUAGCUUCAAGCGAAUUGCUGAAAUAGCAAACAAUGAAGAGGAUGAUGAAGAAGCUGAACAUGAUGAAGAUUGGAGUUGUGAUGAAGAUUCAGACUCUGAGACAGAUGAUGACAUGGAAUAUGAAAAGGAAGAUACAUAUAAAUCAACCCCAACUCACAAAAUGGCUGCUGCAAACUCACGAAAGGGCUGCACCUUUGGACUUCAGAAAAUUGGGACAAAAAGAAUCCCAGAGCAUGUGAGAUCUCACAAGCAGACUGAACUUGAAAAGGCAAAAGCAACACUUCUGCUAGCAACUUUACCCAAAUCUUUGCCUUGUAGGAACAAAGAGAUGGAAGAAAUAUCUACAUUUAUCAAAGGUGCUAUAUGUGAUGAUCAAUGUCUAGGUCGUUGCCUUUACAUCCAUGGUGUUCCUGGAACUGGGAAGACAAUGAGUGUGCUUUCUGUGAUGCGGGGUCUUCGAUCUGAAGUUGAUGCAGGAAUUACUAAACCUUACUCCUUUGUGGAGAUAAAUGGUUUGAAAUUGGCUACACCAGAGAAUAUAUACAGAGUUAUUUAUGAAGCUUUGACAGGACAUAGGGUCAGCUGGAAAAAAGCUCUCAACUUACUGAAUGACAGGUUUACAAAUGGGAUCAAAAGCAGCAAAGACGAUGAUCGCCCUUGUAUUCUUCUCAUUGAUGAACUUGAUCUUCUAGUCACAAGAAACCAAUCGGUGUUGUACAACAUUCUUGAUUGGCCUACAAAGCCGAAUUCCAAACUUAUUAUAAUUGGAAUAGCAAACACCAUGGAUCUUCCAGAAAAGCUGCUUCCCAGAAUUUCAAGCCGAAUGGGUAUACAAAGGCUUUGUUUUGCUCCAUACAACUACAUGCAGCUUCAAGAAAUCAUUGGGUGUCGUCUUAAAGGAAUUGAUGCAUUUGAGAAACAAGCUAUUGAGUUUGCUUCAAGAAAGGUUGCAGCAGUUUCAGGAGAUGCACGUCGUGCCCUUGAGAUAUGUCGUCGUGCAGCAGAACUUGCAGACUAUCGGGUUAAGAAUUCAAUUUCGAUUCCUAAAGCGGGAAAAGCCCUUGUAGGCAUGGCUGAUGUGGAAGCAGCCAUACAGGAGAUGUUCCAGGCUCCUCAUAUUCAGGUAAUGAGAAAUUGUUCUAAACUGAGUAAGGUUUUCUUAGCUGCAAUGGUGCAUGAGCUUUAUAAGACAGGAAUGAGUGAAACCACCUUCGAAAAGCUGGCACAAACGGUUUCAUGUCUGUGUACAAGCAAUGGAAUCACAUUUCCUGGAUGGGACACACUACUGAGAAUUGGGUGUAAGCUUGGUGAAUCCAGAAUUGUUCUUUGUGAAUCAGGGGCGAGUCACAGGUUGCAGAAGUUGCAGCUCAACUUUCCUAGUGAUGAUGUGAGUUUUGCACUCAAGGACAGCAAUGAACUACCUUGGUUGACCAAAUAUAUGUGAUGUGAUACGGAAGGCUACAAGUGAUUAUGAGUUUAAUUUAUAUCUUUAAAUUAUUCAACACACCACAGAUUUUUAAUACAUUCUUAUUUACCUUUUUAUGGUUGAAAUUUUCUCCACAAAUGUUUCUGAUUAAGG